AUGUCAGCGAAAACUUUGUUCCUGCUUAUUGCACAAAUAUUUGUUUUUAAGACUAUCUCUGCCUAUUGCCCUAAUUCAGGAUGGUCAGCAGGCCUGCCCAUCGCUGACGGUUUGGGUUGGACUCCAGGUUUUGCUUACGAAAAUUCAUUAGCUUCUGCUCCAUGUGCUGCUACCGUCCCAUUCCUAGGAGCAUGCGACCUUUUGGCGUCCCCACCCUCAUGCGGCGGUGGUUUUGUUAUCUCAAGCGCGUCGCCAGUUUCACCGUAUGGAGUUUCUGCUGUAUCUGAAAACGCAAUCGAAGGUAUCCUGUCAGUCGUAGGUGAACUGCCAUUUUUGGGUACAGUUGGAUUAGAAGGUGUUUUGCCAACUUCUGGGGCUGGUGCUAUCUUGUAUGGUUGUGGCAAUGGAAAUGUGGGAAUCGUGAGCGAGAACACUUCACCGAAUGCUGCUGGAUUAGGGUGGCCAUCAAAUGGAUUGAACUACGGUCCAGCGGCGUUCAAUGGUUUCGGAUACGGUACUGGAUGGGCUGGACCUGUUAAUGGAUGUGGUUGUGGUGCCGUUUAG